AUGAACAAUCCAAACGCACACCGUAAGAUGACACCCAAGGGCCAAAUGAGCUCUAGUGGUAUGGGACCUGCCAUCAUGCAUUUGCCCACGCAUUUGAAGGUUUUAUUUGAACCUAAUGCACCAUUGGACCAUUUACCACGUCUGGUGAAGCGCAAGAUGCCGCCCUAUUCGGGUCUUGCUGACUUUAUGGACGCCUUUGAGACGGAGAAGCCGCCACCUCGACAAGUGCAAGAGACGCCCAAGGAACGUCGUGAUCGACGUCGACAGGAAAAGAUGCUGGAAAAUGAUGCCAAGAUGCAGGAAGAUCGAGCCAAGUGGGACCCAAAUGCAGAGGACCCAAGGAAAACCCAGGACGCGUACAAGACGCUCUUUGUGGGACGUAUUAGCUACGAAACGACCGAGCAACAGCUUCGACACGAGUUUGAGCAGUACGGACCUGUCAAGAGUAUUCGACUGGUAGAAGAUCCGGAAGGCAAGUCACGUGGCUACGGUUUUGUGGAAUAUGAAAAGGAGGCAGACAUGAAGGCCGCAUUCAAGUUUGCUGACGGCAAAAAGAUUGAUGGGCGGCGUGUGGUCGUGGAUGUCGAAAGAGGGCGCACUGUGCGGGACUGGUUGCCUCGUAAGUUUGGUGGUGGCAUUGGUGAAACCCGCAAGGGAGGGGCGGAUGUUAAUGUCAAGUACUCGGGAAGAGAAGCCAUUGGACAUUUUCAGGUGGGUACAACUCGUGAUGAAGGAGCAGCAAGGACGGAUCGAUUUGGACCUCCGGAACCUUCGCGUGAUAGAAGUCGGAGUCGCGUACGUGGGGGAGAUCGUCGUGAGCGACGUCGAUCACGAUCAAGAUCGAGAUCACGGGACCGACGACGCGAUCGUGGCACCGACCACAGUCGUGACCGCGAUCGUAGCCGUGACCGGGACCGUGGUCGCGAUCGUGAUCGCCGUAGCCACCGUGCCUCGCGUGACUAUUCUCGUAGAUACUAA